AUGGGUGGAAAUGCAGCUACCGGUGAUUUUAUCGUUUUCCUGGAUGCUCACUGUCGAGUCAGUCCUCGCUGGUUGGAAACUCCCUACAAUCUUCUCGUUGAAAAUUCUCGAACCAUUGUGAACUUUGUCGAUUUCAUUCUUGAUGAAAACUUCAAUGUCAAGCCAGCCCUUGCUGGAAUUGGCAGUUCCGCGACUAUCUACAAGAAUCUUCGUCAAUUCUGGGGCGGCGGCUCCGAGACGGACGACUACACGCCGAUCACCAUGGGAAUGUUCGCAAUCACCAAAUCCUGGUGGCAGCAGGGACAAAUGGACCCAGCUCUGGACGUCUGGGGUGGCGAAAACGUCGAGAUUUCGUUCCGCACGUGGCUCUGCGGAGGCCGCAUUAUGGUAGCGCGCGACGCGUACGUGGCUCAUUAUUUCCGAACCAAACCGACGUAUAAAUACAAUCCGAUGGUGGUGGUACAGAAUUACAAGCGGAUCGCGCAGGUGUGGCUGGACGAACCGCGUCGACGCGAGUUUUACAAGGAGUAUGAGAUUCCGUAUGAGGAGGCGAAGCUACGGGAGGAAGUGGGAGACAUUUCGCAGCGAUUGGCGUUGAAGAAGAAGCUGAAGUGUAAGCCGUUCGAGGAGUAUUUGGAGCAGUUUAAGGGACGCGUGUGGUGUUCGAAGGGAACGAAUUGUGGAACGGUGUAUUCGGUGAAGCCGAAGGAUAUCAAAGCGAGUGUGCAGGAGAUUUUUAAUAUUAAGGAGUGGAGUGUUUGUUGGAAAUGA